UCAGCGCUUGGCUUUUGAACCGAGUUCAAGGCAAUUAAAGUCAAGGGCUAAAGAGAGAAGAGGGGUGCUUAGGAACAGCAGCAUAAUAAGCAGUAUGGCUGGAGCACUCUAAAUUAACUCAAUUAGACAGAGCCCGAUUUAACGGGGAGGGCUGGCGAGAAGCGCUCCUCUCAUUAAAUUUGAUGUUAGAGGGGCUUCUGUUGAAAUUAAACUUGUGUUAGCUGUCUGAGUCACAGAAAGCAGCAUCUGCAUGGGCAUGUAUGCUUGUGUGUGCACACGUGCAGGCUCUCUGGUUUAGGUGGGAGUUUCGAGAGGGGAGAGGAAAAGGCUUGCACAAAAAAAAAAAAGAAAGAAAGAAAAAGAAAAAGAAAGGAAGGAAAAGGAGAUUUGAGUGAGUGAAUGCCCCCGGAGCUCAGGAGUGGAAGACCAGGCAGAAAUCCAGACAAAACUGGCAGGAGCCCUGACCAGGUCUCCCAAUUAAGAAGGCAUGGGCCUCGCGCCAUGGGGGCUUCUGCUGUUUUGCCUGGGCUGCGGAAUCCUGCUUGGAGUUCGGGCUCAGUUUCCGCGGGUCUGCAUGACCUUGGAAGGUGUCCUGAACAAAGAGUGCUGCCCGCCCCUGGGCCCUGAGCCCGCCAACAUCUGUGGAUCUCAAGAGGGCCGAGGCCAGUGCACAGAGGUGCAGACAGACACCAGACCCUGGAGCGGCCCGUAUGUCCUUCGAAACCAGGAUGACCGUGAGCAAUGGCCGAGAAAAUUCUUCAACCGGACUUGCAAGUGCGCAGGAAACUUCGCUGGCUACGAUUGUGGAGGCUGCAAGUUCGGCUGGACCGGCCCCAACUGUGAUCAGAAGAAGCCCCGGGUCCUGCGGCGGGACAUCCAUGCCCUGACCGCCCAGGAGAGGGAGCAGUUCCUGACCGCCUUGGACCUGGCGAAGAGGACUGUGCACCCGGACUACGUGAUCACCACGCAGCACUGGCUGGGACUGCUGGGGCCCAACGGAACCCAGCCGCAGAUCGCCAACUGCAGUGUGUAUGACUUCUUCGUCUGGCUCCAUUAUUAUUCCGUUCGAGAUACAUUAUUAGGUCCAGGACGCCCCUACAAGGCCAUAGAUUUCUCACACCAAGGGCCUGCGUUCGUCACCUGGCACAGAUACCAUUUGCUGUGGCUGGAAAGAGAUCUCCAGAGACUCAUUGGCAACGAGUCCUUUGCUUUGCCCUACUGGAACUUUGCAACCGGGAAGGCUGAGUGCGAUGUGUGCACAGAUGAGCUGCUGGGAGCCGCUAGGCAAGAUGACCCAACCCUGAUUAGUGAGAAUUCAAGGUUCUCCACCUGGGAGAUUGUGUGUGACAGCUUGGAAGACUACAACCGCCAGGUCACACUGUGUAAUGGAACCUAUGAAGGUUUGUUAAGAAGGAACCAAGUGGGAAGAAAUGGUGAGACACUGCCAACCUUAAAGAAUGUGCAGGAUUGCUUGUUGCUCCAGAAGUUUGACAACCCGCCUUUCUUCCAGAACUCUACCUUCAGCUUCAGGAAUGCUCUGGAAGGUUUUGAUAAGGCAGACGGCACACUGGACUCUCAAGUUAUGAGCCUCCAUAAUUUGGUUCACUCCUUCCUGAAUGGAACGAACGCUUUGCCACACUCAGCUGCCAAUGACCCGGUCUUUGUGGUCCUACACUCCUUUACAGAUGCCAUCUUCGACGAGUGGCUGAAAAGAAACAACCCUCCCACAGAUGCCUGGCCUCAGGAGCUGGCGCCCAUUGGCCACAAUCGGAUGUAUAACAUGGUUCCCUUCUUCCCACCAGUGACUAAUGAGGAACUUUUCUUAACCACAGACCAACUUGGCUACAAUUAUGCCAUUGAUCUGCCAGAGGAGAAAGCUCCAGUUUGGACCACGACCCUCUCAGUGGUCACGGGAACACUGGGAGCUUUCGUCGGUCUCCUGGGGCUGCUGGCUUUCCUUCAGUACAGGAGGCUUCGCAAGGGUUAUGCACCCUUAAUGGAGACACAUCUAAGCAGCAAGAGAUACACGGAGGAGGCCUAGGGUGCUCUUGCCAUCCUGGCCUAGCAAGCCAUAGUGCUGACCUAGGCAGUCACCCUCACUGACCCUGCUUUAGGUGACCGUCUCCGGCAUGUGCUCUUCGGUAGUGAUAGCGACCCCUGCUUGUGCUCUUGGGUAGUGAGGAUGACCGCUGACAGAGAUGCUUACACGUAGCUGCUGCUCGGCUUACCGCACAUGGGCAAAGAUGCUUGGACCCAUCACCAUCACCAAAGUGUGAUGGGGGGAGUUAUCUGCGGCCUUGAUUAAAAGUCCUUACAUUGA